AUGGGCAAAGUUCACGGAUCUCUCGCUCGUGCCGGAAAGGUCAAGUCUCAGACCCCCAAGGUCGAGGCCCAGGAGAAGCAGAAGACCCCCAAGGGUCGUGCUCUCAAGCGCCUCAAGUACACCCGCCGUUUCGUUAACGUUACCCUGACUGGCGGAAAGAGACGAAUGAACCCCAACCCUGGCUCUUAA